AUUGCCGAGGCGGGCUGUGAGUGCCGAGGCGGCACGCGGGAAGGUCUGGCGGCCAUGGCGGCCCCGGGACCCGCGAGUCGCUUCUGGUGCUCGUAUCCCGAGGUCCCCUCCGCCACAUUCUUCACCGCCCUGCUCUCGCUGCUGGUGUCGGGGCCCCGCUUGUUCCUGCUGCAGCCGCCUCAGGCACCGUCGGGGCUGUCGCUGCGCUCCGAGGCCCUGCGCAACUGGCAAGUUUACAGGCUGGUGACCUACAUCUUCGUCUACGAGAACCCAGUCUCCCUGCUCUGCGGUGCCAUCAUCAUCUGGCGCUUUGCUGGCAACUUCGAGAGGACCGUGGGCACUGUCCGCCAUUGCUUCUUCACCUUCAUCUUUACCGUCUCCUCCGCCAUCAUCUACCUGUCGUUCGAGUCGGUGUCAUCGCUGUCCAAGCUGGGUGAGGUGGAGGAUGCCAGAGGGUUCACCCCCGUGGCUUUUGCCAUGCUGGGAGUCACCUCAGUCCGCUCUCGGAUGAGGCGGGCUCUGGUGUUUGGUGUGGUGGUGCCUUCCGCCCUGGUGCCGUGGCUGCUGCUCUGUGCCUCCUGGCUCAUUCCUCAGACCUCCUUCCUCAGCAACAUCUCUGGCCUUUUGAUCGGCCUGUCGUAUGGCCUCACCUACUGCUACUCCCUCGACCUCUCUGAGCGUGUAGCCCUGAAGCUUGAUCAGAAGUUCCCCUUCAGUGUCAUGAGGAGGAUCCCCCUGUUCAAGUACAUCUCGGGUUCUUCUGCCGAAAGAAGAGCCGCCCAGAGCCGGAAGCUGAACCCUCCACCUGGCUCCUACCCCACGCAGAGUUGCCACCCUCAUCUAACCCCAAGUCACGCUGUCACCCAGAUGCAGCAUGCGAAUGGCCAGAAACUGGCCUCCUGGCCUCCUGGACACAUGCCCAGCCUCCCUCCCUACCAGCCUGCUUCCGGCCUGUGUUAUGUGCAGAACCACUUUGGUCCUAACUUCAAUGCCUCCAGUGUAUACCCCGCUUCUGCAGGGACCUCCCAGGGAGUACAGCCUCCCUCCCCUAUCAGCUGUCCUGGCACUGUGUAUUCUGGGGCCCUAGGCACCCCAGAGGCUACAGGCUCCAAGGAGUCUUCCAAGGUUGCCAUGCCCUAGCCGGUCUGCAGAGAAGGCUCCUACACGUUGGUCAGAGAAAGGUCCUGUCUGAGCGAGGAAUUGCUUAAGGAUUAAUGUGUUGAAGGGCAUGCUGGUCUGUCAUACCAGCUGCUUGGGAGGUUGAAGUCAAUAGAUCCAAAGGUCAAGGUCUCUCUGGGCUCCAGAACAAGUUCAAGGCCAGCCUAGGCUAUGUAUAACAAAACUGUCUCAAAAUUAAUAAAAAUGGCUGGAACUGGGGCACUUUGGUAGACUGCUUACCUAGCAUAGUCCUCAGCUCCCUCCUCCCCCCAAAAAGAUUAUUUAUGAAAUACCUCUGUGUGCCAGCUCUGUUGAGUACUUUGAUAAAUGUCCCUAUAUAUCUGUGUCAUUUCCCCUCAGGGCAGCUCUAGAAAGUAAAGUUUACUGACCAGCUUUCAGACACAGGAAAUAAAACAGCGUAGAAGGACAUGCCUGUAAGCUAACUAUGGUCAAGGCAGGAUCAGACGUUGAAGGUCAUCCCCAGCUAUACAGUGGGUCUGAAGCCAGCCACUGGGCUGCAUGAAAAGUAAGGCAUUCUGGGGUCCCCUGGAGUCUUGAGGCACCACAGCCACUGCUAGGUUUCUGGGUUCCUAAUCCAGUGUCCCAAGCAUGAGAAAGUACAGUUGUCAUUGGCUGCCAGGGACUUGCCGGUCCUACCAUCCCAUCCUGCUGAGUGCCUGUGAGUCCUUGCUCCUGUCUGGUGUGUCCUUGUACUGGACAGUCUGUAACCCGUCUUCCCCCUCCAGCCGACCCUGUCCUGACUUCUGCCAGACCGUGAUGACCUGCAGCAGCGUGCAGUGGUCCGCCCUGUGAGUUACCUUUGUAUAAAACCAGCCUCCAGCCUGCCA